ACUAUACGAGUACACGACUCAAGUUUCCUAUUUGACCCGAAACUGUACUAUACUAUCAAUUCACGGAUGCACCAGAAUCCCCAAAUGCACAUUUAUUACUAAUCACCAAACCAUAGCAAUAGCAUAGAAGAACCCUUUCAGAUCUCACUCCAAACGGAAGAAGAACACCGACAUGGAUGGUGGACACAUGCACGGCGGCAUGGAUGGUAUGAACCAAAACUCAUCAUCAUCAUCAUCAAAUGGAACCAUGACGAUGAUGGGUCAUAAGAUGCACGGCAUGAUGCACAUGACAUUCUACUGGGGAAAAGACGCGUUGAUUCUCUUCAACGACUGGCCUGCUGGUGAUACCGGUAUGUAUGUACUGGCCUUGAUAAUUGUUUUCGUCAUGUCGGUUCUCAUCGAGUUACUCUCACGAACCCGGUUUAUUAAACCCGGUUCGAACCCUGUCACUGCCGGUCUGGUUCAGACGCUGUUGCAUGUGCUUAGAGUUGGUCUGGCUUAUUUGGUUAUGUUGGCUCUUAUGUCUUUCAAUGGAGGUGUGUUCUUGGUUGCUGUGCUUGGUCAUGCUCUUGGGUUUCUCUUGUCUAGCAGUGCUUUCAGAAAACAACAAAACCAUGAUGAGCCUUAUGAUCUUCCUCCUAUAUCUUGUUAACUGUUUUUAUGUUUCUUAGUCAUAAUAAUAGUCAUAAAUUAUUUAGUAUUAAUUUGCAA